AUGAGUGAGACAUUGAAGAGACUGUCGAAAAAGUUUGGCCUACAGCGAUCGCUUGAUGACGAAGUGUCGCCAAUGCCGAUAGUUCGACGGGGCGGAGCGAGCGGUAAUAUGACGAUUACGAUAGAAAAGAUCACCGCACAAAAAUUUGUGGAUUCUCUAGUGGACAAUGUGCUCACUUGGAGUAAAUUCAAAUCGACGCUCGAACUGGACGAGGCCAUCCUGGAAUUCUCAUCAGGGUUCUAUAAUGACUUUUCCGCAGUCCAUAACGAGGCGUUCAAGUCGAAAUCGAAAAUCCAGCAGGAAUUCCUCAAUACAGACGCCAUCUUUAUCACUGCUUACGCAACGCUCUGCCUUGCUUAUCGUGGCGAGGACAUCUUGCCUUGGGAAAGCUUCCGCGAUGUUGUGCUCAAAUCCGGAUGCAUAGUGUAUGUAAGCGAAAGCUGGUUGAGGAAGGUUUACGAUCACGCGGUCAGUGCUCCGUUCGAUGAAAUCUCUGGAGCACUCCUCGACGUCAUCCAAGGUUCGUAG